AUUCAAAGCUUUUUAACGUAGAGAGGUGAUUUAAAAUCCCACAAAUUCUCUCAUUUCAACGUAACAAGUUUCUAUCCAAUUCGAUUUGGGUGUCUUUUGAUUUUGGUUUUUUUGUCGUUCAAUUGCUCGGUGAUUGAAAUCGAAAUCGAGUGUGAUUGAGAGGUAGGAGAGAGGAGGAUAAUGGCUCAAGCUGUAGAAGAAUGGUACAAACAGAUGCCGAUUAUAACGCGGUCGUAUCUCACGGCGGCUGUAGUCACCACCGUGGGGUGUUCGCUCGAGAUUAUAUCUCCUUAUAAUCUCUACCUUAAUCCUACCCUUGUGGUGAAGCAAUACCAGUUCUGGCGCCUCGUUACUAAUUUUCUAUAUUUCCGGAAGAUGGACUUGGACUUUUUGUUCCAUAUGUUCUUUCUUGCUAGAUACUGCAAACUCCUCGAAGAAAACUCCUUCAGGGGAAAGACUGCAGAUUUCCUUUACAUGCUCUUAUUUGGGGCGACUGUUUUGACUGGUAUUGUUCUCAUUGGUGGAAUGAUACCUUAUUUGUCCGUGUCAUUCUCCAAAAUCAUCUUCCUCAGCAAUUCUUUGACUUUCAUGAUGGUCUAUGUGUGGAGUAAACAAAAUCCUUAUAUCCACAUGAGUUUCCUUGGUCUUUUCACUUUCACAGCAGCGUAUUUACCAUGGGUGCUUCUUGGAUUCUCUAUCCUUGUUGGUGCAAGUGCAUGGGGGGAUUUUCUGGGAAUGAUAGCGGGUCAUGCAUACUACUUCUUGGCGUUUGUAUAUCCACGAAUGACUGCUCGGCAUCCCUUGAAAACUCCAUCGUUCCUCAAAGCCCUGUUUGCUGAUGAACCUGUGGUGAUUGCACGGCCAGAAGAUGUGAGGUUUGCCCAUGUGCCUUUUGAGGAUAUCCACCAAGACUGAAGCUUCAUCCUCCAAAACACCAGCCACACGCACCUUGACUUUUGUAGUUAAUAGGGCAUCAACUAUUGACUUUGUAGUUGAGGAUAAGAGUGUUGGAUCUGAAUUUUCCUUAGUUUUCUGUCUGAUACAAGUGUGUUUCCCCUUGUGCAUAUGAAAGCAAAUUGUAUACAAAAGUCUUCAUAAGUUCUAGUUUA